AUGCGCGCUGUCACGUUCGACAAGACGGGCGACUCGUCGGUCCUGCAAGUCCGCGAUGACGUGGCCAAGCCGACGCCAAAGCCGUCAGAGGUGCUCGUGAAGGUCGAGUGGGCAGGCGUGAACUUUUACGACACCUACGUCCGGACCGGCCUGUACAAAUUCCCGCUCCCCUUCACCACCGGGGCCGAGGGCGCCGGCACGAUCGAGUCGGUGGGCGCCGACGCCGCACGCGAGUACCCGAACCUGAGCGUCGGGGACCGCGUCGCCUUCAUGGCGCCCGGAUCCGCGGCCGAGUACGCGACGGCGCCGGCCGCCAAGGUGGCACGCCUCCCCGAGGGCGUCAGCACGCGCGACGGCGCGGCGCUGCUGCUGCAGGGCCUGACGGCCUGGACGCUGGUCCGGGACGCGCACGAGGUCAAGGCCGGCGAGAUCGUCCUCGUGCAGGCGGCCGCGGGCGGCACGGGCGGCCUCGUGGUGCAGAUGGCCAAGCACCUGGGCGCCACCGUCAUCGGGACCGUGUCGACCGACGACAAGGCGGAGCUGGCGCGCGCCCACGGCUGCGACCACGUCGUCGUGUACACGCGCGACGACGUGCUCGCCGCCGUCGACGAGGUCACGCGCGGCCAGGGCUGCCACGCCGUCUUCUCGGGCGUGGGCGCCGCCACCUUUGACGCGGACCUGGCGGCCACGCGCCGGCGCGGGUCGCUCGUCUCGUUCGGCAACGCGUCGGGCGCCGUCGUGGGCGUCGACAUACUGCGGCUCACGCCCAAGAACGUGCGGCUGCUGCGCCCGUCCGUCCGUGGCUACGUGGCCACGCGUGACGAGUGGGAGGGCCGGUGCGCCGAGCUGUUUGACCUGCUGGCGCGCGGGGCCGUCAAGGUCCACGUCGGCGGCACGUACGCGCUCGACACGCUGGCCCGGGCGCACGACGACCUGACGGGCAAGAAGACGGUCGGGAAGCUCGUCGUCAAGGUGGCUGAAUAG